CCCGCUGCCCCCGACGUCCCCGUCAUCAGCCUGGGUCACAGCAAGCGCCCGCCCCGCGACGUGCCCACCACCGAGCUGACGGCCCUGCACCCCAUCCCCUCCCUGGUGCAGCUCUCAGCCCCGCCCCCUGCGCCCCCCCCGGCCCCGCUGCCGCUCCUGCCCCCGCAGUACCACCCCCACCCCUUCCUCAACAGCGUCUACAUUGGCACCUCCGGCUCCCUGAGCCUCUUCCCCAGCAGCCGCCUCAAGCGCCGGCCCAGCCACCUGGAGCACGAGCUCAUGGAUGGGCACCAGCCCCACAAGGUCGCCCGCCGCGUGUUCACCAACAGCCGGGAGCGCUGGCGGCAGCAGAACGUGAACGGGGCCUUCGCGGAGCUGCGGAAGCUGAUCCCGACCCACCCCCCCGACAAGAAACUGAGCAAGAACGAGAUCCUGCGCCUGGCCAUGAAAUACAUCAACUUCCUGGGGCAGCUGCUGCGGGACCAGGCCUCGGCCCCGGCCCCGGCCCCGGGCCCCGAGCCCGCCUCGCCCCCCCGGCCCGGGCCCGGCCCCGAGCCCCCCGCCCCGCCGCCCGCCCCCCGCCCCAUCAAGCGGGAGCGCAGGACUCUGCUGGGGGCCGCGGCCGCGGGGGAGGCCCGGUGAUGAUCGCCCCCCCCCGGAUUUGGGGGGUGACUCUGGACUGGGAGGGGGCGGCCCCCCCACAUUGCAAGGGGGGGCUCCGGGCUCCGCCCGCCCCCCCGUGCGGAAGGGGGCUGGGACCUUGGCGGAGCCGCCGCUGUGAUGAAGUUCGUCCGGUCUCAGCUGCUCCCGCCGUGUCGGCGCUGGAUGGGAAAUGGGGGGGGCUGAGCUGAAGGGGGGAGCGCCAGAGCCCCCCCAUACCCCCCCCUGAAGUGGACUGGUCUGUGUUUUAACCCCUUGGGGGUGGGGCUAAGCCCAGGAGCGAGCAGCGAUGGGGUGGGAGACCCCCCCCCGGGACUCUGGGCUGCCCCCCCCGCCCCGUGUCUGGGGGGGUCCCGCCCUGCGCUGGGGGAGGGGAGCCGGGAGGCUUUUAAUUUAACCCUGUCGGGGCUGUAGCCACGCGGCCCGCUAAAGAAACACGAAGUGCGAACA